CGGGGCUUGGCUGCGGGGAAUGCGGGGAUGUGAUAGUUUAAUUUCUACAGAAUCGAGCAAUUUACGAUAAAACUUGCUCAACCCAAUAUAUAGUUUCGCUAAAGCGUAGCUGCGGAUGGUACCCAAACUUUCGCUACCAGGCUUGAAGGAAAGAGCAAACACAUCACCCGGUUGCAAGUUGUUUGCUCGGAUGCAACGGUAGAGGGGUAGUGCGAAAGAUACUGCACGAUCGCCACAGCGACUUGUUUAGGAGAUGCACGCUCCGGCGUAACUUCUCUUCUCUUUGCCGCCCCGGCGAUACUAUGCUAGAGAGGGGUGCAUAUCGUAGCUGAAUUGAAGCACCAAUGGCGUUGCAGUGUCGGCCUGCAGACACCACCACCAUCUUUCAUCAGCGCCGAGUAGAUAGACUUGUCUCUUUUUUUUGGAGGGGCGCCGUCGGACGGGAUGUUCAUCUUCCACUGAUUAGGCCACGGCACUGUAUUUAACCAUGACGUGCCCUUCACGCACUGCGCCGCCACAGCCGUGUCUCUUAUCUUUUGUCUCUUGUGCUUUUUCAGACUCCUUUUUUUGAAGUCAACGUCUUCUUUGACAUUGUUCGCUAUCAUUUCCGGUCUCCCACCAAAUUGCUUUCUGGUGCUCUUUAUCUCAUCUUAUCUGACGGUUCUCCGCACACCUUGCCCAUGACUCCCCACGCGAUGAGCGAGCCACUCCAGUUUGAAUCGACGCGGCCCCGCAUCCUGAUUCCCGAAAAGGUUUCCCCGGACGGACUUGCACUCUUGCAGCCUCACUACGAUGUCGACAUCAAACUAAGCCUGAGUGCCGAGGAUCUUGUUUCUAUCAUUCCUGCGUACCAGGGGCUGAUUGUGCGAUCAGAGACAAAAGUUACAGCCGAAGUGUUGCAGGCUGGACGCAAGUUGAAAGUCGUUGCCCGCGCCGGUGUAGGUGUCGACAACAUUGAUGUGCCUGCAGCCACAGCCCAGGGUAUUAUUGUUGUGAAUUCGCCAUCGGGAAAUAUUCUCGCUGCUGCAGAGCACACUAUCACACUCUUGCUAGCCACGGCUCGAAAUAUUGGUCGUGCAGAUGGCACUGUCAAACAAGGACUGUGGGAACGCAGUAAAUUGGUCGGUGUCGAAGUUGGGCACAAGAAACUAGGGAUUGUCGGGCUAGGCAAGGUUGGCCUCAACGUUGCGAGAAUGGCCAAGGGUUUGGGCAUGACUGUCAUUGCUGUUGACCCUUAUGCAAACCCAGACAUGGCUCGCCAGGCUGGCGUAGAGCUUGCUACUAACCUAAAAGAAAUACUUCCUGUAAUUGACUUCUUGACAAUUCACACGCCGCUAUUGGCCACCACCAUGGAUUUAAUUAGCAAGGAUGAGCUGCGCAUGAUGAAGCCCACGGCUCGCGUUCUCAAUGUCGCACGAGGUGGCGUGUACAACGAAGCAGCUCUGCUUGAGGCGCUUGAUGAAGGUUAUAUUGCGGGUGCUGGCUUGGAUGUCUUUACCUCGGAGCCACCAGCAGCGGACUCGGUUGCUCACACGCUAGCCAGUCACCCGAAAGUCGUGGCUACCCCUCAUCUCGGAGCAUCUACCGUCGAAGCCCAAGAAAACGUUUCGGUCGAUGUAUGCACACAGGUCGUGGCGAUUUUGCGUGGUGGUCUUCCUACCAGCGCAGUCAAUGCACCCAUCAUUCUACCAGAGGAGUACAACAAGCUGCAGCCAGCGGUGCUACUAGUGGAAAAGAUGGGAUCGUUGUACACGCAGCACUUUGCCCGAAAUAAAGACCGCAUGGUGGGUGGUCGCAAAUUCGAGCUCGUGUACCACGGCGACUUGGCUGGCAUGCCCAACACGAAACCACUGCUGGCAGCGCUCAUCAAGGGUCUUGUUUCCAGCUUUAGCGAAACAUACGUCAACAUUGUCAAUGCAACACUGAUAGCCAAGGAAAAGGGCAUCACCAUCAGCGAGACGCAUGAUCACGACUCUAAGAACCAGACCUACUCCAACGCAGUCACACUUCGGUCCUAUCCAACACCCACAGGCAGCGGCAUCCAGGCGCAAGUGAUUGAAGGCUAUGCGGCGGACAGGCGUCUGUAUAUUUCAAAACUGGACCGUUUCCAUGCUGCAUUCAGACCAGAGGGCACCAUGAUUAUUUUGCACAACUAUGACGAGCCUGGCAAAAUUGGAGGCGUCGGCACUGUACUCGGGUCCCACGGUAUCAACAUUCGGUUUAUGCAGGUGGCCAGUCUAGACCUGGCGUCGGGUAGAAACACACCGCUAACGAGUGAGCAAGCCGACCGCGAGGCUCUGAUGAUUUUGGGUGUCGAUGGUGACGUGACAGAGCCAGUGAUGGAGGGGUUGCGUGCUUCUGAAGGUGUGCUGGAUGUCAGCUUGGUUACCCUGUAAAUAGAGCCAUGGUGCGUCCGAUGUGGCUGCCUCUAGAAUUGAUGCAAGGAGCGCCACCUACUAGCACCGAGUAACAAAUAUAAGCUCUGUAGUGCAUGAAUAGUGUGCAUUGAUUUUCAAUUUGGCUGCAUAUGCCCGAUUCAGGUGGUGAUGCGAAUAGUUUGAGACGGGUGGUUUGGCCGCUAGGCGGGGGGCUGGUGUUAGCGUCUCAAGGGUCCUAUAGGUACCCGCAAAUACACAAACCCGAGAUGAUUGACUGAUGAUCACAAACAAUGGGCGCCUUGUUUCACUUACCCCGCGCUAGCUAGUAG